AUAUUCCCUGGGAAUGUUUACGUCUCAGCUUGUCUCGAGCCAGUGCUAAGCUAACUGAACAGUCGGAAUGGCUCUUAAGCUUGGUCUAUUAUUCCUGUUGGUUGGUGCGAGUCAAUACGCGAAGGCGUCGCCCAACCGACGGAGCACGGAGAAUAUUCUGAUCAACGUGACAGCAGAGACACUGACAGACUCCAACGACCUGCAGAUUGAUCUAAAUGUAUCAGUCGGAGAGGAGCAAAUUUUGGUGAAUGACAUCCCAGUUGAGCUGUCACGAGUCACCAGGUUUAACUGUCAGGCUGUUCUCUUGGACAGCACCAAUGGCAGUAGAGAAUUUGAAAGUGGGGGUGUAGUAUCGACUGUGACGCGAGUCAUGGUGAGCCAAAACAAAUAUGUUGACGCAGAAGAAGUGGUGGCUCUUCAGGUCCUCAGUGAAGUGAUUGAGAUGGAUGGAGAGAAGGUGCAACAGCCAGACAUGUGUGAAGUGAAAAUCCUCCUGAGUCCAGAUUUCCAAAAGCUGGCUCAGUACACAAACAUCUACCCAAUCAGAGACAGCGAGCUCUUUAGCCUCCCGAGGGAGAACGACGUUGUUGUCACGGAUCCUCCCUCCCGGAAAAGAGCGGAGGAUCAAGUGAUGUCACAGACCACCAGCGAUUAUCCGCUGAAACACACGGAGACCACAGAGGAAGAGAUCGCAGCGCCAGGUAAACUCCCAGAGACGCCUCUGCGUAUGGACCCUGAUGUUAUGUAUGACGAGGAUUUUGAUGAACCAAACCACGAGGAUCAAACAAAGGGUCCCAGAAAAGAAUUCGACUCGCCGUACUCUGCUGUGUGUCAGUGGGUUGAAGAAGCAAGAGAGCGCCUGAAGCGCUUCUGCUCUGAGUCACUGCCGCUGUUCUUCCUGAUCAUGUGGGUGGUCGUGAUCGGCGUCGCCGGAUCCGCUGUCAUCGUCAAAAUACUGGACAUCAUCUUCCCUUCGUGUGAACAGAAGCACAUACUCCACCUGAACUCGAUCACCCUCACACCCGAGGAAGAGAAGCACACUCUGCUGGAAAACAUAGAAGUAGAGCCGGAGGAGAAGGAGGAGGAGGAGGAGAAGGAGGAGGAGGAGGAGAAGAAACCAUGAAUAUUAUUUGAAUUUUCUCAUUUGGCCGUGUUUUUCUUGUGAUCAUUUCUGAAACCUUUCCUUGUUUCGCUUCACUGUCAAAGUACACGGUCCACUCUCUUUUACCUGGCGGUGUAGUUCCCUUACAUUUGGUUGUGACCCAAGCAAAAGCAAUAUUUUUGGGGCUGCAUUUCUAAAAUUGCCUGUAAAAUUACCGACAUCUCUGCCAUGUGUCAUCACCUACUGUAUAUUAUCACCCAAAGCCCCACACAUUUAAGAAAAAAAACCCUGCAAUAAUUCAUCCGAAAAGCACUUUUAAAAAUAGCCCACAUCUCAGUCAUUUUGAAAUGCCAAAGAUUUAUGUUGGAAUUGGAGAUAACUCAGUAGAAAUAACUAAAAAACUGGAGAAUUCACGUGAUGAUUUUCAAAUCAUUCAGGAUUGCACCUGUAACUGAAGCUCUUAAAGAAGAAAGUGAUUCGUUGAAAUUGUUGAAAAACACAGGGUGAAACCUGAAUGAUGGACCCAGGCUGGACACGCUGCUGCUGGAGGGUCACUCAGACAUCAGCAAGCUGUUUGUGUUCAACCAUUAAACCAUGACUAAUUCACCCAAGUCAAAGUUAAAGGUCAAGAUUAAAAUGUUGGGGGGCGGUGCACAUGUAGCAAGGGUGAUGUAACUGCACUUCAAUGUGGUGGAAUGUAAUAUAGGAGUUAGUCCAGUUCUAGUCCUGUCGCCACUACAAAGAGAAAAAAAAAACUCUCGCCUUCGAUUGAUGAUUGUCCUCACAGUGCCUCUGUGAAUGUGUGUGUUAAGUGUUCAGUGCGCUGCGAUGGAUGUGGCACUCUAAACUAGCGCGGCAUGUGUGGUCUGUUCAUAGCAGCCUGUUUAUUUUGUUCAUGACUUAAGGGCCAAGCGGCAGCAUCUUCACCGUGCGGUGUGGCCCCCAGGGUCCAGCAUGAAUCCCACUGCAUGUGUCGUCCACGUAAGGAAUGCAAGCUACUGUCAGACUCUGCAAAAGCAUGCACUCAAACCUGCGUCACCUCUGAGAAUGAAACAUGGGGAGCGUUCACCGAGGUGCUGCACGUGCAUUUUACUUUAAGUCAUGAAUUGACGACAGCUGGACUGUAUUUGUGUGUGAAACUCUGCUCAUUAAAGUCUUUCCAUCUGUUUCCGUCGCUGUGUGUCCAUCAUUAAGGAGAAGCAGUUCGGAUUCUGAAGUGGGGAACGCAACGGUCAUGAAU